AUGCGACCUGCAGAGAACGUCCCAGUCCGGCUCGAGACCUCACACCCCCCUGUUCCGUCCAAGCCAUCCGACGCCAAGUGGGAAAACCGAAACCAAUCACAGCCAGAUGUAGUCAAAGAGGAAGAAAUCGACGGUUCAUCAGUCGGGGAGCUCGGGGAUUAUUGGCCCGACUCCUCGCAGGAGUCUUUACAAACAAUCAUUGACUUGAAUACACUCCAGUCUGAGAGGGAAACCCCAACCUCUUCAUUGUCGGACCAUCCUCACCAGACACACCUGACCCACUCUCCUCCUGGGUUAUCGCACUCACUCGUGUCCUCGACUAGCCCAGGUCUGAAUAUGAAGCACUCCACCCCCUCGUCGUUAGAGAAAGAGCUAAAAGAACGAGUGCAAUUCUUGUGCGGAUACUCUGAGGGUGCAGAAACGGGUUUGAAGCAGAAGACUGGGGACUUGGAUGUGCUGGAUUGCGCUUCGUCGUGCUAUAGUCGUCGCACUUCGCUCGGCAGUAUUGGCAGUUGGUAUAGAGAUGGACCCCUUGACAGGUCUGCCGAUGAAUAUUCGAUCUGUUGCCCUGUUGCUGCUGGUGUCUUUGACGACACUUCUCUUCCUUCUCCUCCGCAUCAAUCGACGGUGUCGCACCGUAUGUAUGCGCCGAGUAGCUUUACACGCCCGUACAAGUCGAUCACCCCGAAAUUGUCAAUGAAUGAUCUCAAGAACAAGCCCUUGCCUUUGGAGCCAAGCAGUGCCUCUCCUACUCGCCGGUCCUCAACCCGCCGAAGCAACUCUUCACUGUCAGCAGCGUCUCAGCGUUCUAAUUCGCCCUUUUCUGCAUUUUCCCAGAAGGAUAUGCUUGUCUCUCCGCUAUACCGACAUUCCGCGACGGUGCACUCCCAUGGAAACAGCCACGCAUGUCAGAGCUGUGGUCACCGCAAACCACGGUCUCGGUCUCGGCACGAGUUCAAAGUGGCUGGUCAUCGGGCUCGCCAUAUUCCAACCUUGUCGCAGGCAGCCGAGGAACUGGAAGAUGCUCUUGCGGACUUUGAGGGACGAGGACAGAGGACAUUGCUUAUUCUUGAUGGACCACUGCAAAUAAGUCGAAAUAAUGGCGACAUGAUUGCGACCCGACCGGCGCCUUUGCCUCCAUCUACAAAGCCUCACUCUCAGCGCUUAGACACGCGGGUGAAGAAGCGGGCUAGUAUUAAGCCGGCCGCAGUUCCGCCCAAGGACAAACCCAAGACCAUCAAGUUCAAAGAGGAAAAAGACAAGAUGCGACGGUCCAGAGACGAAGAGAAAAAGGAAGUCAGUCCCAAAAAAGACAGAAAGAGCCAAAAGUCGUCGUUUCUCAUGCCAUUCCGGAAGAACCAAGACUCCGAGCAGGUUAGCGUGACGCACGCAGCCCCCGACUUGGAUUCUGCAAGUCGUGAAGAUUUACUUCUUCAGUUACCUCGUCUGCAGACUCACUUGAAAUUCGGCAAUCCUUUUGAUCAAGCUCAACAAGCCCUGGCCUUACCUCGCCAGCCACCCGCUCGGGCACCAGUUGAGCUGUCAGACAGCCCCACCCCGGACGUGCACCUUCGUUUUCAUAACAAUGAGAAGGUAGCCAAGAUGCGACAAAGUUGGGCGUGGGUGUCGACUGCCCAGGCAAGCAGUGUGCAACUCCCUGAACAUGUCUAUGAACUCGAUGCUGCGCCGCCGUCGCCUUCUAUCCUCCCUUUGGCCCCCACGUCCCCCGGUCUUGGCCAGGUGGAGUUCCCUGAAGAAAUGCCAAUUGAUCUUAUCUUGUCGAUUAUGAAGAGCAUUGACUCCCUGGACGAUUUGUUCAAUUUUGUUCUGGUCAACAAACAGAUUUAUUCCGCAUUCAAGCGUCAUGAAUUACCGAUGAUCAAAAGUGCCCUUUUCAAAAUGUCUCCGCCCGCAUGGGAAUUGCGAGAGAUGAGUCCGCCCUGGGAAUUGGAGUGGCAAUUACUGUUGGAUCCUGAUUCUCAGGUUCCCGAGUAUACGCCGACCCUGUAUUUACAGCGCUACGCAGAGGAUAUUUAUACUCUUGCCAAACUCAAAGCUCUUGUCCUGGCACGAUGUGCACCUUUCUUACGUCGCGAUACUGUUCGUGGUCUGGCGGGUGUGGAUAAUACCCGCGCUGAAGAGGUCGACGAUGCCUUUUGGCGGGUCUGGACAUUCUGUCGAAUUUUCGGCAGUGGGAAAAAUCGCGAAGCUGAUAUCAUGGGUCAGAUGGAUUGGUUGAAGGGUGGUGUUAUGGCGCGGAAUAUCUUCAACUCACCCUCUACCGUGUCUGAACCAUUUGGCAUGAACAAUGUCCUCUUCGAACCACCAGAAGGAUUCGGUCGCGGUAACCUUGAUGGUCUGUCGCAGAGCCAGAUGUAUGAUAUUACGGAGAUCUGGACUUGUAUGGGAGUUUUGCUUCAACCUUUGCAUGGGAAGUGCAUCGAAGCUCGCAAGGUCGGUAUCUUUGAUGGUAUGCAUGUUCCAGAGGGCGAUGCAGUUCGGGAAGAGACUGUUCUCGAGGAAUGGACCUCCUACGUGCUCACACUGGGCCUCUCGGCAGUAUUGACACUCAGUGCCGUCUGCCCAGCAGACACUACAACCGCGACAUUCAACAAGGCCAAGUCAAUCGGCUUGACGAAAUGGGAACCAACAGAAACCGAAGUAAGCCGGUCACCAUUUCUAAAGGAAGCCGUCGCACGGGCGUACGAGCUUCAGGAACGAAAUAUCUCUCCGCAAUCAAGUAUUUCAGAAGGAAAGCGAAGCAGCAGCUCCCAUUCCGACUCCACCCGUGAAAUUCGCGAACGCCAGGCUGGUUUCGCCCGCGAAUUAGGUCACCGCCGUCGUCUACGUGGACCAUCCAGUGAGCCAGAAGGUCGCUAUUCCUUCUCGGCUGAGCGUCCAAUGUCAGAGUUUAGCGCCAUUGUCCGUAACCUCGAUGGCUCGAUUCGAGUCCCUUCGACGGAAGAUGAGCCUCCCGUUCCGCCCGUCCCAGCACUUGUUCUCGAUCGUUGUUCUAUUUCUACUUCCGGCUCUGGCUCUGCGUCUGGAACUGGCAGCAACCCUCACACACCAACCCAAAUUUCAAAUCCUAUCACUCUAUUCGCUCCUCAAACGCCCCCGACUCCGCCAGUCAGAGUUUAUGUGCCUCUGCAGCCUCAGGUCUUGGAUCCCGCCGAUCGCGCCAUUGACACGAUGGUCAACGAGAUGGGUUUCGACCCAGAAGACGCCAAGUGGGCUCUCAAGAUUACCGAUACUGGCGAAGGCAUCGAUGCUUCUGCUGCUAUUAAGCUCCUUCAGCGCCAACGCAAGAAGAACGAGCGCAAUCCCUUUGGCAAACGAGGUAGUCUACUGUCUGCCGUAAUCAAGCGUCAGAAGUCGCAGGAACAUGGCUGGCGCUGGGCUUGA